AGUCCCAGCACCACGUGGAAAAGGUCAUUUCAUUCCAAGAAUGCAUGUUUUAGAAAUUGCAGAAAUGCUGAGAGGAAACCACCCCCCAUGAGAACUUCGGACUUUGAAGGCUCUUGGAGCUAAAACAAUCGCCCACGGAGGAAUGGCUAUAUCAGCGACAGCUCCGAGGAGCGUCCAAGGGGAGCUCUUUGGCCCAGCAGUUGAUGGAUAUGCCAGAACCUGACGCUGAAACCCAACCGCUCAUGAGGCAGCCCAAUGAGCAUGACGGCCUCUCAUCGUCCGCUCCCCUAGAGGAGGAAAGCGACCGUGGCUCCUGGGAGUCACCGGUGGACAAGCUCAACGAAGCCUUUCUAGAAGACCCGGAGGCCUGGGACAGCGUUGCAUCAGGCAACAAAGACAAACUGGGCCCAACUUGUUUUUGCUCGAUGCUGGUACAAAUCGUUGAUGAAGACGCCGAGGAUGAUGGCUAUAUAGAUUUAAGGAGGAGGCUUGACAUGGAGCUAACUGAGCCAGUGCCACGUCGUGAGUGUAAAAAAGUCAUGCGUUCUAUGGUACGUGUUGCUGUUUAUGCUGUCCUUAAUCACUGCCUUAGAGAAAAGCUUUUAGAAGAUUGUGAGGACUGUGAAAUAGAUGUGCCAGCCCAACGGUACCAUGGCUGUUACAGAGAAGGAAAAGACCUCAUGGUUAUUAGAAAAGCCAAAGAGAAGAAAGUGCCCAUGAAAAUCUAUCCAGAUAUUACAGGAGACACCAUGGCUUGGAAGGGAGAAAGCACGUUUAGUACACUGCUGGACAUACAAGCUCUCCGACAACAGGUCUCUAGUUAUGCUUCUGUUAUCUUCCUGCAGAAACACCGGGAUCCACUCCAUCAUGGCCCUGCAAGCACUCAGUUUCCUCCAGGGAGAACCACACCAAGUGGGCUGGCAUUGCGACUGGUGAAUUCAUUUAGCAGAUGUGAGGGUCGUGUUGAAGUCUAUUACGCAGGAUCCUGGGGGACAGUGUGUGAUGAUUCUUGGGAUCUCAAUGACGCAAAUGUUGUGUGCAGGCAGCUUGGAUGUGGAUAUGGUGUUGCAGCAAAGACCAAUGCCUAUUACGGUCAAGGCUCAGGAAAUAUUGUUCUGGAUGAUGUGAGAUGCCAAGGAUGGGAAUACAGUCUAUGGGACUGUCCUCAUUCAGGAUGGCUCUCUCAUAACUGUCGUCAUUCUGAAGAUGCCGGUGUCAUCUGUUCAGAGAGCACUGCACCCACUUAUGAAACUAGUACAACCAUUCUUGACACCAUUACAACUACGACGCCAGAGCCAACCACCACUUUUGAAACAAUCAGUGAUGAGCUGGUGCUAGGACUUGCAAAUGGGCCAAACCACUGUGCAGGUCGUGUUGAAAUCCUUUACUUUGGAGGCUGGGUAAAAGUUUGUGGUGAUUUGUGGGACAUGAACGAUGCACGAGUUGUGUGCAGGCAACUGGGCUGUGGCGAACCUGUUGCUGCUCUGAGAAAUAGCUAUUUUGGAGAAGGCUGGGCAAGUCCUUGGAUGACUAAUGUGAACUGCAUUGGCUCUGAAGACUUUUUGUGGUCUUGUCCUUACGAACACCCACACUAUUCAUGUGGCGUUUAUGGAGAUGCUAGCGUCAUAUGUGCAGGUUCUGGACUAACAGCGCCUCCAGAAACAGCAAGCACCUCUUUCCCUCCAGUGAGCACCACUCUAAACGGGCUGGCAUUGCGACUGGUGAAUUCAUUUAGCAGAUGUGAGGGUCGUGUUGAAGUCUAUUACGCAGGAUCCUGGGGGACAGUGUGUGAUGAUUCUUGGGAUCUCAAAGACGCAACUGUUGUGUGCAGGCAGCUUGGAUGUGGAUAUGGUGUUGCAGCAAAGACCAAUGCCUAUUACGGUCAAGGCUCAGGAAAUAUUGUUCUGGAUGAUGUGAGAUGCCAAGGAUGGGAAUACAGUCUAUGGGACUGUCCUCAUUCAGGAUGGCUCUCUCAUAACUGUCAUCAUUCUGAAGAUGCCGGUGUCAUCUGCUCAGCUGCUGGACAUACAAGCUCUCCGACAACAGAAACACCGGGAUCCACUCCAUCAUGGCCCUGGUACACAACUGCAAGCACUCCGUUUCCUCCAGGGAGAACCACACCAAGUGGGCUGGCAUUGCGAUUGGUGAAUUCAUUUAGCAGAUGUGAGGGUCGUGUUGAAGUCUAUUACGCAGGAUCCUGGGGGACAGUGUGUGAUGAUUCUUGGGAUCUCAAUGACGCAAAUGUUGUGUGCAGGCAGCUUGGAUGUGGAUAUGGUGUUGCAGCAAAGACCAAUGCCUAUUACGGUCAAGGCUCAGGAAAUAUUGUUCUGGAUGAUGUGAGAUGCCAAGGAUGGGAAUACAGUCUAUGGGACUGUCCUCAUUCAGGAUGGCUCUCUCAUAACUGUCAUCAUUCUGAAGAUGCCGGUGUCAUCUGCUCAGGAUCAUCAGGAUCCACUCCAUCAUGGCCCUGGUACACAACAACUGCUGCUGGACAUAGAAGCUCUCCGACAACAGCAAAAUAUACUUGUGGUGGUGUCCUUCAGUAUUCAUCCGGGACAUUUCAAAGCCCGUUCUACCCUGGAAAUUAUCCAAACAAUGCAGAUUGUGUGUGGGAAAUAGAAGCAGUGAGCAAUUACCGUAUAACACUUUCAUUUAGAGAUAUCUCGACAGAAGGUGGUAGAUGCCAGUAUGAUUAUAUAGAGAUAUAUGAUGGACCACUCUACACUUCUCCUUUACUGGGGAAAAUUUGUUCUGGUUCCUAUCUCACAUAUACAUCGUCCUCAAACUUGAUGACAGUUCGAUUUCACAGUAACUCGAUUAUCACAAACAGAGGGUUUCGUGCUGCCUAUUACACCAUUCCAGCAGAUCAGAAUACUACUCUUCUGUGCUUGCCAGAAUACAUGCAUGCGGUUGUUAGCAGAGCCUACCUCCACUCACAAGGCUACAUUGCAGAGAAUAUCAGCUUGAAUGACCCUUAUUGUAAACCAAUUGUUACACCAAACUACGUUAUAUUCAACAUACCAUACAAUGGCUGUGGCACAAGACGAGAGGGAAACAGCAACACUAUCAUGUAUUCCAACUUGAUCAAAGCAACCUCUUCCGGUUACAUAAUCAAAAGAGAAAAAGAUCUUCACUUGCAUAUCAACUGCAAAAUGCUCCAAAACACAUGGAAAGAAAUCAUGUACAUUGCUGAGAAUGUUCCUGAGGAUAUUAAGGAGGUCAAUGAAACUCAGUACAGCAGAUAUGACGUGAACAUUUCAUUUUACGAAUCACCAUCCUUCUCACGGCCAGUGUAUGACUCUCCAUACUAUGUUAGAUUGAACCAGAAUGUAUUCCUUCAAGCUUCAAUUAACAACGCUGACCCAAAUCUGGUGUUGUUUUUGGACACCUGUGUUGCAUCACCUGAUUCCAGUAGUGUUACAUCCACCACCUAUGAUAUUAUCAGGAAUGGAUGUGUUAGAGAUCCAACCUACGGUACAUACUAUUCACCCUACAGCUCCACCAUCCGGUUCAAACUUAAUGCCUUCAAGUUUAUUAACCAAUAUUCAUCAGUUUACCUGCAGUUUAAAAUGGUGGUGUGCAGGGUAUAUGAUUAUUCUUCCCGAUGCUACCAGGGUUGCAUACCCAGGUCCAAAAGAGAUACAAGCUCUUACCAAGAAAAAUUGGAUGUUGUUGUUGGGCCAAUUGAGCUUUGGAAAGAUGGCACUGAAAACAGGAAUGCUGAGCUGGACUAUUCUGAACAUCAGGAAGACGUGGAUUCCCGUGGUUCACUUACUGCUACUGCUGGUCAUUCCCAGGCUCCAUUUAUUGUUACGGGUGUGGUGCUUGCAGCUGUUAUUUUCACUCUUGUUGGGUUUCUUUUGAAAAGUAAACUGAGGAGACCGAUUCCGUACCAGAUAAUGUGAGACGCUAAAGACACCAGCAUCUGGCAGACAAUGAUAUCUCAGGGCAUUUACAUAAUGAUUCCGUUUCUAGCCUUUGCACUCAAUAACUUUUAUAUGACAAUUUGCACUUCAAAGAAAAAGUAUGACAAACUUACUGUAUGAGGCUACACUCUGAGUUCUGGUAAAUUCAGGCUAGUGAUUGGCCUGAGGUUAAAACCCCACCUCCAUGGAAAAGUUUGAAUCCAGAUUCCAGUUCUGUAACCAGCUGCCAUUUCCAAAAAUGGACUGAACCCAAGCCCAGUAUUUGACCUACUAGCUCCCUCCUCUCAAUCUAGAGCCAGACUUUGCAGCUCAGGACUAUCUCCAAUCUAGAUAGACGAAAAAUACUAUCAAUAGUUUUCAUGGUAUUCUGCAGUGAGAUUCAACAGAGCAACUCUUGUAAUAUAAUGAAUGUGUAAGCAGGAAGAAGGGUCCAGAGGUUAGAGCACUAACCUGUGGGGUGAGUCACUGUUUCACCAUAAACAGCUUGUGUGACCCUGGGCCAGUCACUUAAUCUCUCUGGGCCUUAGUUCCCCAUCUCUAAAAUGGGGAUAACAGCACUUCCCUAUCACAUAGGGGUGUUGUAAGGAUAGAUACAAUUAAGAUUAUGAGGUGCUCAGAUAUUACUAUGAAGGGAGAUAUGGAAGUAUCUAAGAUCAAUAGGUAGUACUUUGAUUUGACAACUUUAUACAUAAAAAGGGCAAUCUGAUACUGGUUUUUAUGUUUUAUGCAUACCUAGUAUAUCUUAUUCAUACCUGGCACAUUUCAGUCACUUCUGAUCAUCAAGAUAUUUAGAUUCUAAUGCAAGUUUUCUCCCUCAUAAUCCUCCUCUCACUUCCUUUCAAAACCAGUGUAUCUAACACCUGAAAUAUUCUGACAUAGAAAUUGUGGUACGUGCAGAGAUGGGGAUAAAAUCUACAUGUGGCAACACCAAAUGAUCCAAGGUGGUUAUAUAGAAGAAAGUAUUUUUAUUUAGUAAUCAGCUAUGCCUGGAAAAGAAAUACAGAAAACAUACAUCCAGUUACAUAUGGAAUUGCUAAAACACCCUGUUUCAGAUUAUCUUGGACAUUGCUCUUUAAGGUUUAAUUUCUCUUUGAGACAAAUGCAAUAUAUUGUGCUACUUUGUAAAAUGGGAUGAUUUCCAGUCUAAAUUAAUUUCAUAUGUAAACAUAGCAAUUUACAAUCAGAAGUUGGAAGUGUUUACAAAGCAAUAUUUCUGUUGGUGUACUUGCAAAUAAAAUGUCUAUGC